AGAUUGGCUCACGUGAUCGACUAUCUGAAAAAUUAAAAGCACGCCUCCUGUUGACCCGGAAAACCACCCUCACUCCACCAGCCUUCGCUCAGCCUCCUCGUUUCUCUGCUUCGACUUGGAGAGUAAGAAAACAAUGACGAGCAACGAGAUUCGAUUCUUCCAGCUCAACACUGGAGCUCAAAUCCCUUCACUUGGUUUGGGAACUUGGCAGUCUUCUCCCGGUGUCGUUGGCGACGCCGUUGCUGCCGCCAUCAAGCUAAGUGACUUCUGUUGGAAAUUACAGGCUGGUUACCGACAUAUUGAUUGCGCUCAGGCUUAUGGCAAUGAAAAGGAGAUAGGUUCAGCACUAAAGAAACUGUUUGACGAGGGUGUUGUGAAGCGUGAGGAUUUGUGGAUUACCUCUAAAUUGAGGAAUAAUGAUCAUGCUCCAGAAGAAGUACCAGAAGCGUUGGAGAGAACUUUGAGAGACUUGCAGCUUGAUUAUGUGGAUUUAUACCUUAUCCACUGGCCAGUUGAAAUGAAGAAAGGGUCUGUGGGCUUUCAGCCUGAAAAUUUUGUGCCACCCAACAUACCUAGCACAUGGAAGGCAAUGGAAGAACUCUAUGACUCUGGAAAGGCUCGAGCCAUAGGUGUAAGCAAUUUCUCAUCCAAGAAGCUGAGAGACUUGCUGGAGGUAGCACGCAUAUCUCCUGCUGUCAACCAGGUAGAGUGCCAUCCUUCAUGGCAGCAGGACAAGUUACGGGCUUUCUGCAAGUCCAAAGGUGUCCACCUCUCUGGAUAUUCACCAUUAGGUUCUCCUGGGACAACCUGGCUUCAAAGUGAUGUUCUGAAGCAUCCGGUCCUGAAUAUGAUUGCUGAUAAAUUAGGCAAGACUCCUGCACAAGUAGCUCUUCGCUGGGGGCUUCAAAUGGGUCACAGCGUGCUUCCCAAGAGUACAAAUGAAGCAAGGAUAAAAGAGAACUUUGACAUUUUUGACUGGUCUAUACCUGAUGACUUAUUCGUGAAAUUUUCUGAGAUUCAGCAGGCAAGAUUAAUCAGGGGUACCUUUUUUGUCCAUGAAACUUAUGGAUCCUACAGAUCCAUUGAGGAACUCUGGGAUGGUGAAAUCUGAGCAGUCAGCUGAGUGGCCAAUAAAAGAAGCAGAAGGAAUAGGUGGGGGCCAUUUGUCUUUUGGUUGUAGGGAUGCAAGGAUAGUGGGAUUUGUUUACUAUUUUCGAUUAGUCAGCAAAAGCCUGUCCUGAAAUCGCUAUUAUCACCUGGAUAUCAAUACUUUUAUGGAUUAGUGGAUGACUGAUGUGUUCUCUUUUUCAAUUUGAGCAAUGUUGUUUCUCCAAUUUGCUCAUUAGAGCAAUUCAA